AUGAAAAGUUUAUUUACUUAUCUGUUGUUUAUCACUUCUGUUAAUGGUCAAUCACCCUGUGAUGAAGUAUCGUUCGUUGAUCGAGCUGGAUGGGGUGCACGAGAACCAACCUCAAUAACAAAUCUAACAGAAAAACCUCUCUCAUUUUAUGUUAUUCAUCACACUUAUUCACCUCCAAAUUGCUAUGAUGAUAUAUCCUGUAUUCAACGAGUAAAAUCUGUUCAAGACUAUCAUCAACUUGAUCAAGGAUGGGUAGAUAUAGGUUAUCAUUUUUUAGUUGGUGAAAAUGGAAAAGUUUAUGAAGGUCGAGGAUGGGAUCGUCAAGCUGCUCAUUCAAUUGGAUGGAAUGACAACUCAUAUGGUAUUUGUAUCAUUGGCAAUUUUACAGUAGCACCUCCAAAUGACAAGGCAUUAAAUGCUGUACGUUUAUGGAUUAGAUGUGGUAUUAUACGAGGCAAUGUCAAAGAAAAUUACUAUAUUAUUACUCAUUUACAAUCCCAACGACCAGGUUAUACAGAAUGUCCUGGUAAUGGUACAUUUAAUGUGGUUAACAAAUGGCCACGAUUUUGUUCAUUUCAAAAUUACGGAGCAAAUUUAACUUCAAAUCAAACACAAGUAUCUCUGGCUCUUGAUUUCUGUGAGAAGAAAUUUAACUUACUCUCAUCUGCUGCAACAAGUCUGUUUAUGCCAAUUAUUUUAUUUCAGCUUUUUGGUCAAUCACCCUGUGAUGAAGUAUCGUUCGUUGAUCGAGCUGAGUGGAAUGCACGAGAACCAACUUCAAUAACAAAUCUAACAGGAAAACCUCUUUCAUUUUAUGUCAUUCAUCAUAGUUAUCAACCUCCAAAUUGUUAUGAUGACACAUCAUGUAUUCAACGAGUGAAAGCUAUUCAAGAUCUUCAUCAACUUGAUCGAGGAUGGGUAGAUAUAGGUUAUCAUUUUUUAGUUGGUGAAAAUGGUAAAGUUUAUGAAGGUCGAGGAUGGGAUCGUCAAGGUGCUCAUGCACCCGAAUGGAAUAACGAUGCAUAUGGUAUUUGUAUAAUUGGUGAUUUCAGAACAGCACCUCCAAAUGAAAAGGCAUUAAGUGCAGUAUAUUCAUGGAUUCGAUGUGGUAUUGCACGAGGCCAUGUCAAAAAAGAUUAUCAUAUAAUUACUCAUCGGCAAUCACAACGACCUAGUUAUACAGAAUGUCCUGGUGAUGGUACAUUUAAUGUCGUUAAUAAAUGGUCACGAUUUUGCUCCUUUCAAAAUUCUGGAGCGAAUUUAACUGCUAACGAAACACGAAUAUCUCUUGCUCUUGAUUUCUGUAAAAAAGAACUUAAAUCUAAUUUCUGUGAAAAAGAACUCAACUUAUCCUCAUCUGCUUCAAUACAUCUAUUUAUGCCAAUUCUUUUAUUAAUCUACUUUUUUUAA